GUUCAGUCAAAGUACAUUCAGUGAGUGAGCGGCAGAAUUCGUGCGCGCAUCUGCCUUGUGUAGGUACUUCGUCAUCGGAAGAGUGUAUGGAAAUUCACAAUUUAAAAGAUCCAAAGCGUUAUGAAGCUUCCGAUGCGAGGAGUGUGCACCAGCCGGGAUUGAAUUAGUGAGCUGCGCGUGAAUUGCCCAUCGCCAAGAGGCGGCCGGACCGAAAUUCGUAUCCGUUGAAGACCCAGCAACAAAAUAGUGGCAGACGACAGAGGUCAAAGACAUCAGCAGUUGGAAGGCCUUGAGGAGGGAACGGAAAAAAACGUACACACGCACGGGCACGGGCAGAGCAGAGAUACAGAUUCAUCGUUAGAAGAGACACACAUCGACAGACAGACAAACAUUCGAAGAAGAGUGUUUAGUGGUGUCGAAGUAAGAAGUAUCGGUUCUGAAAAGUGAGGAUCUGUGAACAUGAGUGACGAAGACGGCGAGGGACGGCUGACGACCGCUACGUCAACAUCAUCAGAAACGACAAUCGUUACACAAGCUUCAUUUCCAACUCCAACGACUUCAGUGGCGAACUCCGAGAGUCUGACCCCCGCCGAUGACCAAAAAGCAGCAACGGCAGACAGUGCGACGGCACGUGUAUUCUCCAAGGUCCCCAUCUUCAUUGUGGAAGACCAUCACGAUGUGUUGACCUUCCUCUAUCGGUGCAUCGGUUCGAGGCAUCUGCCCCUGCGGGGUAACACCAUCCUUCACUUCGAUUCACAUCCGGAUAUGUGCAUCCCGAAGCAUAUGCCGGCGGGGUACGUGUUCAAUAAGGAGGAUCUGCUCGACAGUAUCAGUAUUGAGAACUGGAUGAUGCCAACGGUGUUUGCCGGCCAUGUGGAGCGAAUCGUGUGGAUCAAACCUGAGUGGGCCAAUCAGAUGCCAAAGGGCAAAUUCCAAUUCAACGUCGGAGAGCACGAGGGAAGCAUUCGCACAGACUCAACGCUGGAAUACUUCGUCUCCGAAGGAUGUUACCAACCCGAAAAUGAACUGGAAAAUAAGAAAUCUCUACAGUUACAAGUUUGCGCCAUCGAAGAGUACAAAGUUUCGGACGAUGACAGUCUUAAGAGUGGCUACAUUUUGGACAUCGAUCUGGACUACUUCAGCACACACAAUCCGUUUCUGAAAAUCUACGAAAAAGUCGGUCUUUACGAUAAGCUGAAGGAAAUUUUCAUCUCACCCGAACUCGCCGACACCACAGAGAACGAUCUGGACAGGCUACAGCAGAUUGCCAAGAAUCGGGAAGAGAAGCUUGAGUUUUUAGAGUCUAUGUUCCUGUACCUGGAGGAGGUGGGAAAUCUGAAGCACUUCCUCGUGGACUACCAGCAGGAAAUCAGCGAAGAGUACACCCAACUAUUAGAGAAAGUGUCCAAUUUGGUGUCCAUUCUGAAGAAAGAGUAUGCCGAAGAAGAAAUCGACUGGUCGAUGAUCUACGAUGCGGGCUGUACAUGCGACGUAACGGAUCUACCGCACCACGAAUCAACCCGGGAGGAAAUCCACACACUGGUACAGCAGCUCGAGGGCUUCCUAGCGCGACUUCCAGCACCGCCAACCGUGAUCACCGUGUCCCGAUCGAGCGAAGACGAUUACACCCCCGCCGAUCAGGUGGAACUUAUCCAGGAGCUGGUGCUGGCGGCACUUAAGAAGUGUCUCCGGACCGAACUGGACGAACCCAUACUGUACUAUAAGGAUCAGGAGUUUAAGCUUUAGGACGGUGCCCCAGGGGCAAAGUAGCAUGUUUCCUUCCCUUCUCUUCUACAAUUUUCAGUUCUAGGAAAAGUUGUAUCGUAAUUUUGUAGGUGAAAAACCCUAACCUGCUCUUAAACAAAUCUUCCCAGUGUAGCAUUUUACUAUUUAAGAAUAAAUAAUAUACAUACACAAUAAUCAGUGAAAAUGUUAUUUAGAAGAGAAAAAAUAACACGUAACUAAUUGAGAGAAAUAUUACAACAAAUAAAAACACCAAAAUCAUGAUGUUGGA